GGGAUCACCCCGACCUACGCCCGCACCAUUGUCGACAUCCCUCGGGGGCGAGCUACUGGGUAGUAUCUGAUGUUGUUUGACAUUCGGUAACAGCGUGCUCCUCGUCUUCUCUGUCUCCUUCUGGUUCUUCGAAGUCCUUAAAGAGCUCGUCAAGGUCAAUUUCUUCGGGUGGAGGAGCCCGAGGAAUGGUUGUUUCAUCUUCGUCUGGAAGAAAGAGAGGUUCCAUUCUUGACGGUGAAAUUGAAUAAGGACGCGUUGUUGUGAUUUGUUUACGCAUCCAUGGUUCAACCAAACGUGUCUGACGGAAUCGCGUACUGGACGAGUCAACCUGCCACAGUCGAUGGGGUGCUAGGUGGUUUUGGGUCAGGUUCAUUACCUCGCGUCGAAUCCCUCGGUUCUCGUCUCUUCCUUCUCAGUCUUUUCCCGGAAUUGUGUACCGUUCCAUCUGCAGUAAAACCUCUGAAUGUAUCUUCCUCGCGUCUCCCCAUUCGUGCUCUAGACGUUGGUGCAGGCAUUGGACGAGUCACUCGUGAUACUCUACUGCAUCUCAUACCACAUGUGGUACUACUCGAACCUGUCGAAUCGUUCAUCCUACAAGCACUGUCCAGCGCACGCCUCUCAGUCUCUGACCAUUCUAUAUCCAAACACGCUCAAUGGCCAGGUCUAGCAGAUAAAUCCAAAAGCGUCACUUUCAUCCAGUGUACCCUACAAGGCUGUGACCCAUCUCACCUCCUCUCAGAAUCAGCAAAAUAUCUUAAUCGGGUAGGGUCGAUGACAUCAGAAGACCCAAUGAACGAUAUCGACUCUGGUUUCGAUGUCAUCUGGUGUCAGUGGUGUUUAGGCCAUCUGAAAGACGACGAUUUGAUCGCUUUCUUCAAGAGGAGUAAAAUCGCUCUGAGGCAGGACAAUGGGUAUCCUGGUCGUAGUCUGAUAGUGGUGAAGGAAAAUUUAUGUUCGGAUUCAUCGGGUGGUGGUCCUAGAACUACUUUUGAUGAAGAGGAUUCCAGCUUCACGAGAUCGGAUGCAGCCUGGAAAACUGCAUUUUCAGCAGCCGGUUUGGAAGUAGUGAGAGAACAGGUCCAGAAGGGACUACCGGAGGGGCUAUAUCCAGUAAAAAUGUAUGGCUUACGGUGAGGUAACUUUGGGAAGAGAAUCAGCGUUCGGCAGUAAAUACACACAGGUUAAUGGUAAUGAAGUGAAUUAAGGUACCAUUGGGACGAAGGGGGGGGUAGUAUAAUAAUCGGAGUGCAAAGUUCGAAUGAAUAAAAAUACAGCCAUCCAUAU